UGUGUUUGUAUUGGGUAAGGGUUGGGGUUGAAUGCCAAUUUUAUGAUAGAAAUUGUAAAUAAUUAUAAAGUAGAUCACCAAAUUAUUUCUAUUAAAAAAUACUAUCAAAUUGUAUUUCGAAUGCAGCAAGUUUUUGCUGUUUGGAGUUUUGUUUUAUCUAGAAUUGAACUAUCCCGAUUCAGUGUUUACCUACCGUAUAUAAUCUCUCAAUCACUUGAUCAAAUUAUUCAAAACCUUAUUCACAUUCAAUUUCAUAUCGAGAAUCACCAGAAUAGUUAAGUCUAUUGUAAAAAAAUCGAAUAAUCCGUUGCUACGUGAUUAUUUUAAAACCUGAGUGUCGCCAGCUUGAAACUCAACAACAAUUGACUUACCAUACUAGCCUACAGGUAUUAUUUUUGGCCAACUACAACCAAUGAACUGAUUGCAUCUAUGAAUUAUUUUAUGCUAUGGCUUUGAUACGGAAAAUUGAGGCAGGUGCAAGUAGGAAGCAUGUCAAUUAUUACCAUUCGGACAUUAUUUCACGAUUUGAAACUCUAUAAGAAACGAUGCAUAAAUGAAGAGUGAGAGACAGUGCGUUUGAUUUCGUCAUUAAGAAGACUGAAUCAAUUUAGUGUUCUUGAAUUCCGAGCUAAUCUUCAAAGUCCAUGAUUUAUACUCAUUAUUGAGUGUAAUAUAUUGUAUUAUUGGCAAUGAUGGAGGGAUUACAAUAAAUGCCCUGUUCAGGAAGGUGACUGCUUUGUCGAAAGAGAGGCUUGAUUGUCUACCAAUGGCCAAAUCAAAACCUGAACUACAAUACUCAAGGGAGAUACUAGUCGAGUUGAUGAAUCAUCCAUUAUCGAAGAAAAAGCCAAAAUGCUUGGAUUCGUCUUCUUUAAGAUCAAUUGCGUGUAAUCGGAAUAAAAAUGGAAAUUGGGAACAGAGUAGUGACUCACACACGGAAGAUGAGAAAAACGGUGAAAAUCAUAAGAAGAAAGGUGCAGAUAAAGCGAAGAAAGAGCAAGAAGUAGUCCUAUGUCCACAGAGAAAAAGUUUCAAUUCUGGUUGCUAUGUCAGUUCAAAUCCAUCACAAAAUCGGAAUUCGACUUCUAGUGACAAUACUAAAUCCUCUCGCACAGGAAGUCCAACACUGCCAAAAGAAAGAGAAUCGUACACUGGUCGUGAUGUGGGAGUUCGCCGCAUCGGUAGUGGGAGGAUUAUGGCCAGAGAUCCGAUGUGGGAUUUCCGUGAUGGGGAUAGUGAUAGGAACCAAAUGUAUGAUAAAAGACCAAUGGACAGGAGAAAUGACAAUGAGUCAAAAUACCAACAACGUGAUAAGGGUAACCGGUACGGCAAUGAUAGAAAACGUGUGUUGGGAGAGAAUAACAGAACAGAGGAAACACCUGAAUGGUUUUCAGGUGGACCAACAUCACAACACGACCAUAUAGAACUCCGCGGAUUUGAUGAUUCAUUCGAUGAAAAAUUAAGUAGCCGGAAAAAUAAUAAAAAGUCCAAUUCACGUUCAAACAAGAAGAAUUCGACUGAUUCCAAACACUGGGUCUUCCAAACCAACGGAUGAGAAUGCACUGAAGAAGUUCUGUCAGAAGAAGUCGCCGUUCGGCGUUGAUUCUGAUGUGAGGUUAUCGUUUUCUUCGGAUGUAACCAGCAUCUCUAGUCAUGCCACUGAUUCAACUUUGGAUCCGUACAACAAACAGAGAGCUGAUCAACAUCAAGCUAUCCUUGAGGACGAAGGAAUCAACCCAGAAAAGGCAUUCUCAUCGUCUCCUAAAAAAAAUGAGUUUUCGCUGGAGGAUUUCUUGAAAUUCGACUCAUUUCCUGGAAUAAUUCCGAAACAGGGCGAUUAUGCUGAAGGCUCAAGAUUUAGUAGAUGGUUCAAGAAGGAUUCUGAAAACAGUCAAUUGUCAAUUUCCAACGAUUCUGCCGCUUUCAAUAACAUGGUCAAUGACAUCACUGGUCACACAGAAGCGAAACCCGAAGCAGAUAAUUACUUCACACCCAUCUCUCCAGAGUCUACUAUGAAGCUUCACAAACCUCGACCUCAACUCAAGCUGAACCGAUCCAAUCAAAAAGAGCCCGUGAAUCAGAAAGGCUCCAGUCUAUUAGAAAUCCUCCAUGGAGGGGCUCCACGAUCUGUAGCCAACAUGCAAGACCUAGAAAAAUGUGGAAAAGUUCACAGUGUAGAAGAGCUUGAAGCUCAACUUAGAAGACCCACUAAGAGUGCGAAUAAAGAAGAUGAGAUGGCUGCUUUCAAGAAACUGUUAACCUCAGCAGCAGCACAGAUGAACAAACCCAGAAUUCCACCCAGUUUUCUAUUUUCUGCAAAUGCAUACAAGGCAAAUAACCUAUUACAGGUUAUAAAUAAGAAUGCUCAUGCAAAUAAAAUUUCUUCUGAGAUGAAAAAAGACAAUAAUGCUUCCUUUUCUGGCUAUCAACAGCAUCAACAGCAUCAACAGAAUCAGCAAAAUUUCUCCGCCAACAACAUGGACUCACAAAUGCAAAUACCUCAAGAUCUUGUCAUGAAACUCCUUCACAUACAACAGCUUCAGCAUCAACAACAGCAACAACUGAAACAGCAGCAGCAACAGCAGUUUGCCAAAUUGCUGGGAUCAAGCUGCAAUACUGCUGCAAGAUUAACUCCCGUUGCUCCUCAGUACAACUCUCAGUCAUCUGCCUCCCCUCUGCCACCUGACGUCCAAAUGAUUAUCAACAACGCUAAACCUACGCCCGAACUUCUUCAAAGACCUGAAGCUCAGGCUCUUAUCGUCGGCUUGAGAAGAGGACAAAUAUCAAUGUACAAUCUGAUCGAACAACUGAAGAAGAACCCAGCUCUACAGCCAAGACACAGAGAGGUCUUAGCAAGCAUUGUCAAGAUACAUCAACUGCAGACAGCAGGUGGAAAUGGAGGAAACACUGAACGCACUGCUUCACCAGUCAUGCCAGCUCCUACCACUAGCUCUGCCUCUGAUCAAAUGCUGCACAAAGUCCUCUUUUCUCAGCAUCAACUCCGUGGUCCAUCGCCACAUAACACAAAUAUGCAGAGAGUUCCGUCUCCCCGUGACCUGGUAGCUCACACUCAGAACAUCAUGCAGACUGCUCUGAUUAGAAAGAAAUUGGAGGAGCAGCGUGAUAACUUUAGAAAAAGACAAGAAAUGCAAAGGCAAGCUGUCCACUAUUUUUGAGUCGCAUCCAUACCAUUGAUGAAUAAUUAGUGUCUUGUUUGUUUGCAUUUAUCAAUGGUUUCUGCUUUCUCUUUCUUAUUAAAAAUGCAAGUAGCAUUGGUAAUCUUCGGUGUUCUGAACUUGUUUCAUUUGAUUUCGAUUUUUUAAUUUAUGUACUUCUAAAGCAUUUCUGAAGUUUUUUCUUUAUUUACAUUUGCUUUUAUUUUAUCAGUGUACCUCUUAGGAUGUUAUUUUGGUUUUGUUAGUUCUAGAAACGUUUUUGUUUCCAAUUGUGUAUUUUCCAUACACUUUGAUUCCAAGUGGUUGUAUUGGUGACCAUGAUCCCAGGUGGAUUUGAUCCCAACCAGCUGUCUUCCACAAAAAUCACAUUUUUUAAUAUUCAACUUGAACGUAUCGCAAUACUAUCGAACAUUUGAAGAAGCUUGAAUGUUAUUUAUAUCAUAUUUCACCAAAUAAAAGGAGCUGAAGUUUCAUAAUUUCAUCCAAUUCUCAAAUUUUCACAGUGGUUUGCGAUGGAUUUGUUUGUUAGCUUGGCUUUUCACGUUUACUUUGCUGCGCAAAAACUAAUUGAUACAAGUUGAUAGUGAUAGAUUACUUUUAAUAGAAACUCACAGUUAUGUAUUACGAAUGUGUGUCUGACAACGACUAACAAAGAAUUGCGUAGACACACACUGUAAUCUAAUAAAUCACUAUGUUUCUCUCUACCAUCCAGUUUUCUCUCUUUUUCCUUUCUUCCCAUUCUUCCCUUUUUCGCUCCUCUCCACCCCUCAUUCCUUACUUUUAUACCAUCUACCAGCCCCAGCCUAUUACAUGAGAAAACAUAGUUGGCUAGGUAUUUUUCUUCCUUUCUUUCUUUUCAGCACACCCCACCAUGAAUACAGAGACACUAUCAACUGUCUCUACUGGUUUACGCGUAUAAAAAAGUAUACGUGAAGCAGCAUGGUUUAGUUUUUUUGUCAAAAAAGACUACAUAUUAAAAACAUACUCCGCUUGGUAGGAAAUGACAUGUCAGGAAUUUGAAGAUAUAAAUCUGAGUAUAUAAUACUCAAAGGUGAAAAAAUCGGAGCAUACAAUAUCCAGGACUGAUCAUACACUUGUAUGAAUAGAUCAUUCACUCUAUAUUGACACUCUGAUCAUUCACUCCUAUUGCAAUCUGGAACAGGUCAAGGAGCUCAAUACUCUUUAUUCCAAUUGGGAGAGAAUUAUACGUUCUAAGCCUGCUGUAAAGUGGUCCUCUCUCCAAAACUUCUGUUCUAUGUUGUGGGUAUUGCAUAUAAUAUCCGUAGUAAAAUGAAAUGAAAUCCUAAUAUCGAUGAUGGAUAUGAUUCUCUCAACAUCUUUCCAUUUUUCUUCAUCAGAGAAGCAUGUGACACCUACUUAGCAUAUUCAACACAAACAGCUGUAGAAAUUUGAGAAUUUAUAACGAGAAUACGUCAAUAUUAAGAAUGAAAGUUGAUGAAACAUCAUUCCAUUAACCAUCCAUUUGCUGUUUUGUAUUAGCUUAAUUUUAAUCAAAUUAUUGCACGCAUAUGUUUAUCGAAAUACAAAAAAUUUAUUAAUCUCAAUUGAAGUGUGGAAUGAAUAUAUUUUAUGUAGGCUACUAAAAAUUGUUAUCCUUUGUACAAUACACUUAGACCUUACGCAUGCCAUUAAAUCAAUGAAUGCUGUGAUCAAUGCUCAAAAAUAAUUUCCGCUUUUAUAUGAGAAUGUUCAUCAUAAUUAAUCAAAAUGUGAUUUGUUUGAUGUUAUCACAAAAGAACCUGUUGCUGUUCAUAAUAAUUAAUCAAAAUGUGUUGAUUUUUUGAUAUUAUCACACGAGAACCAGUUAGAAUAUUGAUAUGGAUAAUAGUGAUUGUUAGAUAUAUUUUUAAAUAGAGAUAGAUAGAUAAAUGUCUUUUAUUUGCACUAUAUAACAUUGCAAGUGAUGUGGGCGAAGUUGAGACAAUAAGAGCUCCCUCUUCCACUUAACCCACGAACACUCGAUAGAUAGAUAGAUAGAUAGAUGAAUAGAUAUCCACUUGACUUGUAAAAUAAUUGAAAUAUUUGCAGAAUGUUGGAUCGUGAAUAUAAAAAAUACAAAUAUUAUAACAUCCAAAGCUCUAUCCUUUUCUAUACUGAUAUCAUUGCUUUGUUAUAAUUUUUUCUUGGUUAUUUGACUCAAAUCAGAUAGACAACUGCCAUGUUGAAAUAUUCUAUAAAUCCAGGGAAAUCCUGCAUUCUGAUUGGCUGAUAAGUUGUACUGUAAUGUAGAAACCAUUGCAUGAUGAGAAGAUUAUAAUAAAGUUUCGAAAAUUCAUUACGAAAAGGAAGCUCUUAUUGUAGGAAGAUUGAUUGUGAUGUAAUGUUUACAUUAUAACAUGGUCGCAAAUAAAAUUAUUUAGGAUAUGAGCGUAAAUCUUUCUAAUAUAAUUGAAGUUGAUUUUCGUACUUAAACGAACCAGAAGUGAAUGAAUACAGAAUAUUCAAAAAUCAUUCUCCCUGAAUAACAUUGCAGUCUUAAUUUUUGAAGACACUGCUUACAAUUAUGGAUUUUCAGAGACUGGCAGAGAUUUCAUUGAUUCAUCGUCGACUCCAAUGUUUAACGCCAAAAGAAGGCAUUCCUCUCAAUAGCAUUUCUUCUGGAUUCAGAAAUUUUAUGUAAAGGUUACUGGAACAAUUAUCUCUAAGUGAUAAUUUAUCACUUUUUAACUUAUACAUUCCUAUAGCAGCUAUUCUACAUCAAUGUUGAGUCGUUUCCCAAGUGCAUUGUAUAGCUUUAUUUCGGGUUUUUUGUUUCAUCAGUGUAAAUAGAAAAGUUAUCACAGCAGGCUGCUUGAAAAUUAUAAUUGUAUUUAAGUUUAAAAAAGAAAUUUUAUUUGUAAUCAUAAUGAUAGAAAUAAAUAGUAGAAGCUAGGAUAAUCAUAAUGCACAUUGGGUCGCGGGAUAGUACUUGAUGAAUAGGAUCUUUCAAUUAGAAUAAGGUCUUGUACGCUGGCUGUAAUGCACUUUUAAAUUAUUUCUUUUUCAUGGUUAUUGUACCUCAAAUUGUGCUUCACGCUUGCUUUGCAUAGUUUUUAUCAUUACAACUAAUUGUAAAAGGUUACUUUGUUUUGUUUUUUAUUUAAACUGUAAUUUUUGUUCAAUUAAAAAUCACUAGUAGUGUA